AGGCUGAAAUCACUUAUUGGGCGGUAAUUUGAGGGGCUCUGAAUCGUUGUUCCUGAACAAACCGGCAAUGAAUCCAAUCUCAUUUUCCCACCCGCGGCCACUUCCCGGAAGAAUCGGGAUGAUACCUCGCCGGACUUGGACGACAUCGGCGGCUGGUUUCCGGAGAUUCCAUCUCCUUCUCGUGAGGUCCGGUGGGGAGACAGCGGAGCCGUCGUCGCUAGGCCCUGACGAGGCAGUCGAUGGGCUGCUUGGGGAGCGGGUGGAUGAGCUUUUGAAGAGGGAAGAAAACCGGCCGCUUCUUGGGCGGCUGGAAGAGGCCUCCCGCCGCGUAGAUAGAGCUAGAGCUGCGCUCGCUGACAUCGAGAAGCAGCAGGCUGAAGCCCUUCGCACCAAGCAGCUUGUUCUGCAGCUCCAAAGCCGAGAAUCCGAGAUUGCAGUCACCCAGAAGGAAUUGUUGAAAGCUAGAGGGAUGGUUGAAGAGUCAGAGCGUCAUCUUUCAUUCGAAAGCUCAGAGUUGCCUCGAAAGAAAGCGACAAGCAAAGAGAUUGAGAGAUUAGAGUCCAUCAAAGCAGCUUCAAUAUCAUCCAUAGUUGGCACUCUGGCAAGCUUGCCUCUUUCUCUCUAUCAAGCUACUAACUUUACUGUAUUUUCCCUUCACACAACAAUCAUUUUUAUUGGAACUGCUUUGUUUGGGGUUACUUUUCGUUACACGAUAAGAAGAGAUAUAGAUAACUUCCAGCUCAAAACAGGAACCUCUGCUGCUUUUGGCAUUAUCAAAGGACUUGCUGAAAUAGAAUCUGGAAAGCCUGUGGAGCUAAAUCUGGCCAGUUUUGUCUCGCAUUGUAUUGAUGGCGCGGUGUCUGUGUCAGAGAAUAUCAUCAUAUUUGUAGCUGCAGCAAUUGCCUUAGAUUUUUGCUUCAAGAUGAGGCUUUUGAGUCCUUUCCCCAUGGAGGAGUAGAUAGUGUUGAUUGAUCUGGCAGGCGCCACCGGAUGCAUUUGUAAUGAACACUUUCAUCAAUAUUCAUGCAAAUUAGGACUA